AUGUCGGAAAACAUUGACAGUAUCCUGCAACAAGAGGACAAGGAGCACUCACGUGACGUGGAGAUUGAGCGCAUUCUUGGCGCGUUCCAGCUGGACGCUUACUCGGUGUUGGCGCUCCAACCGGGCUGCAACACGGAGGUGAUCAAGCAGACCUACCGCAAGAAGUCACUUUUGAUCCAUCCGGACAAGACCAAGAACACACGGGCGCCCGACGCCUUCGACAAACUCAAGAAAGCCGAGAAGGUGCUGCAGGACGACAAGUCACGGGAGCGGCUGGACAGCGUGUAUGCCGAUGCGCGGACAGUUUUGAUCCGGGAGAAAAAGUGGACUAUCCACGACGAGCGACUUAAAGGGGAGGAGUUUCUGAGCGAGUGGAAGGAGAAAACCAAGGAUCUUCUGAUUGAGCGGGAGCUGCGCAAAAGGCUGGCGGUCAAAGCCAAGAUGGAGGAGGAGGGCCGGAUGAAGAGAAAGCUGGAGGAGGAGCAGGAGGAGAGAAUGAAGGCGAGAUUGGAGCAAAAGGCCUGGGAAGAUGGACGCGAUACCAGAGUGGGUAAUUGGAGAGAGUUCAAGAAAAAGGGGGGAGAUAAGAAGAAGAAGCGCAAGUUGUUGGGCUAA